AUGGCUGAACAGCAACCGGCGGAGCUGCACCUGCUUCUGCUUGGAUCGAAGUCCACAUACGUAGAUCGUUGCAAAAGCGACUUUCUGAGCACAGUCACUAGCUGCAUCCUUGUCAACAGCACAGGGCUCAGCGACGGCAACACGUGGAAGGUCUCCCGUUGCAUCGAGGACUUCCUCUACAAGGAUUGCUCCACCAUCGACGACAUCAUCAGGGAGUGCCGACGCUUUGAAGAAGCGAAGAGUAGUCGAGUCACGCAGCAAUUUGUUCGACUCCCAAACACCGCCGCCACGUCGUCGUGCGAGGACGCCCAGCUCCAGCCGCCGCCCAGUACCGAAAACUUCUUGCGCCUUGUGCGGCGAGAGAUCGAGGCAGCAUCGCCAUCCGCACCGCAGGCCCGUUCUUACGAAGAAACCCGCCCGACAGUGUCGUUGAUCCAGGCCGUCGUGCGCGAAGAACUGGCAAACGCAGCUACAGGCAGCGAAUGGCUCCGGCCGCCCUCCCAGGAUGCAUCUGUGGUCGUGGGCCAGCUGGGCGGCCGCGUCGAGCUGGCGUGCGGAGCGGCUGAACCUCGCGGGGAGGAGGGCGACGACGAGCCUUCGCUGCUGCUCUGGUUUCACGAGUCGAGGCCAGCGACGCCACUGUACAGCGUGGACGGGAGGCAGGCGGGCGGCCUGGCCGGUGCGCAGCACAGCAUGGCGGAUGCGUGGGCAGCACGCGCCUAUUUCAGCAGCGUGUCGCACUCCCUACGCCUGGAGCAGCUCUCGGCCGAGGACCAGGGUCGGUACCGGUGCCGGGUCGACUUCCGCCGAGGACGCACCAGGUCGUCAACCAUUGCGCUGGUCGUCAGAGUGUCACCGCACAACGUGAGCAUCACGGACGAGCUCGGCGCGGAGAUGCGGGGAACCGUGGGGCCCUUCAACGACGGUGACCCGUUGGACCUCUUCUGCACUGCCCACGGUAUCGGAGCCUGAGCCGGAGGGGUGUGUAGCGUAGGCCGAGCGCCCGGAAUGCGUUCGAGCACUUCGCGACACUGAGCAGACAUGCAGUCCCUUCGCAUCUGUGCCGCAAUCACGUGCGCCCUUUGUAAAGCCGCACGUUCGCGGCUCUCCACCUGAAGGAAAAGAAAUUUCUCUAUUGAGGCAUGGCGCAUAGUCUGACUCAGUUAGGGCCCAAUAGAAUCGACACUGUGACUACUUUGACUGCUUCACUCUGCCGUGAAGCAUGCAGCAGUAGUUAUAAGCUGGCUGAAGGGCAACUUCAGCAAAAAGCAUGUUGUCUUUGUAGAAUCAAAAGAAAGGAAGGUUAGACUAGAAGAAUUCCCAACAUGGGAGCAGCCAACUGCGCUCUAGUCGCAUUUCUCUGGAUUUUUAAUAAAUUUUGACUAAUCAACCAACAGUA